CUCCCGCGGCUCCGCGGCGCGGCCAGGCUGGUGACCACCAGGGCCUGAGGAUGAAGCUGAGCCCACAGCUCUGGCCCCUGUCCUGCCUCCUUGUGCUGCUGUCCUGGCCUCUGGCCACUCCAACACCAACAAGCCCUUGGCAGUGCCCACCUGGGGAGGAGCCUGAUCUGGACCUAGGGCAGGGCACAUUCUGCAGGCCUUGCCCCCUAGGCACCUUCUCAGCCUCAUGGGGCUCUAGCCGAUGCCAACCCCACUCCCUCUGCAGCCCUCGAGGGAGGCUGAAGGCCCAGGUGGGCACCGAGACUCAAGACACACUCUGUGGAGACUGCCAGCCUGGGUGGUUUGCCCCCACAGCAGUCCCUCAUGCUCCCUGCCAGCCAUGCCCCUGGACACCUCUGGGCACUCGAGGCUGUCAUGAGCGGGGGCGCCGGGCCCGCCGAGGCGUGGAGGUGGCCGCAGGGGCCAGCGGCAGUGAGGAGAUGCAGCAGCCUGGGAACGGCACGCGGGCGGGCAGCCACGAGGAGACGGCCGCCCAGUACGCAGUCAUCGCCAUCGUGCCCAUCUUCUGUCUCAUGGGGCUGCUGGGCAUCCUGGUGUGUAACCUGCUCAAGCGGAAGGGCUACCACUGCACGGCCCACAAGGAAGUCGGGCCUGGCCCUGAAGGUGGAGGCAGCGGGAUCAACCCAGCCUAUUUAGCUGAGGACGCCAAUGAGGACACCAUCGGGGUCCUGGUGCGCCUGAUCACAGAGAAGAAAGAGAAUGCAGCGGCCCUGGAGGAGCUGCUGAAGGAGUAUCACAGCAAACAGCUGGUGCAGACAAGCCAGAGGCCUGUGCCCAGGCUGCCGCCGGGCACGCCCAGCACGCCACACAUCUGCCCGCAUCGCCACCACCUCCACACCGUGCAGGGCCUCGCUUCACUCUCUGGCGCCUGUUGCUCCCGUUGUAGCCAGAAGUGGCCUGAGGUGCUGCUGUCCCCUGAGGCUGCAGCCGCCACUGCUCCCACUCCCAGACUUCUGCCCAAUGUGGGCAGGGCUCCCAAGGCCGGUGCCAAGGCAGGACGGCAGAGCGAGAUCACCAUCCUGUCUGUGGGCAGGUUCCGCGUGGCCCGGAUUCCUGAGCAGCGGACGAACUCACUAGCGCCAGAGGUGAAGACCAUCACAGAGGGCGGGCCCUCGGGGGGCAAUCUCCCUGACUCCCCGCAACCCGGCCUCCCCACUGAGCAGCUGGCCCUGCUGGGAAGCAGCGGAAGCCACACUAAGUGGCUGAAGCCUCUAGCAGAGAACAAGGCUGAGGAGAACCGCUAUGUGGUUCGACUGAGUGAGAGCAACCUGGUUAUCUGAGGAGCUGUCACAUCUGAAGACAAUGCAGCCCUGCCCUGGGAGGUUCUGGCGGCUUCCUGGAGGAGGUAGAGCUGCAGCUGGGCCUGUGAGGACCAAGAAGCAACGGCCCAGCAGACAAAACAGCCAAAGUCAAGGCCUGGAGGUGGGACUGUCUGCCCCAGGAGGAGGCAGUGGGUGCUGUGUGCAGGAGCAGGUUGAGACUCCCUCCCAUGCCUGCUGCCCCAGCUCCUUCCCUGCAGGACGCCUCUGACCCUGCACCCUGCCCUGGCAGUUCCUAGGAGCCCAAGGGAUCCUCUGUACACCCAGGUGGCUAGGCCUUGAUGGUGGAGGGGCCUUCUGCCUGGCACCCCCAGUACCCCACACCUUGGUAAUUAGGCAGCCCUUGCCUCUGUGCCGGGCCUCAGGCAGAUGGUCAUCUGUACCCUCCCUGCUCCGGCAGGUCCCGUGGGAAGGGGCAUCACGAGCCUGAGGGCUGGACGGCUGACUUCCUGGGUUCUCAUCCUGGCAAGUCCCCGGCCAUCACUGGAGCCCAAUUUUUCUGACUGUGGAGAGGGGAGGAGGCCUCAGAACCCGCGGCCUCUCCAGCUCCCUGGAGGUCCUGGCGGGGUUGUUUGGGGGAGAACUUGACUCCUUGCCACCCCUUCUCAUUAGAAGCUUUAACUGGCCUCAUUUUUGCUGCUUCCAGGGCCUCCACUUUCAAUUCAAGGCCCCCAUGGGGCAGCCCAUCCACGGCCUAUGGAGGGGCUCGAUGCAUGUGCCUGCCCCGCCCCCCACUCUGCUGUUUUUAUUGAAACAACAAAACAGACUUCAUCUGGGCGGUGCUGUGGUGCAGAGCUCAGCCCGCCACCCCCAGGGUCUCUGGAGCUUCCAGAGAGAAGAGCGUGUGGCAGGGCUGGAGAGGCGUUGCCCCGUCGUGUCAGUGUGUCUGUCCCCAGGGCCUGGACAGUGCAGGCGACUGUCCUGCCCAGCCCCCAUCUCCAUUCUAGCUCAGCAACCUGGUUAUUUAUGUUGGGACUGUGCAGGCACGGGCCCCACCACCCUCCCAUUUCUUAUUUAUUGAAACUUCGCUGUUGUCCUUGUCUUGCAUCUUCGUCCCCAUCCGUUUGUUAAAUAAUAAAAGGUGGGAAAGUGGUGUCACGAGGAGCUUCUUUUCCCUGUGCCU